AAACAGUAACUACUCUCUCUGUUCUCAGUGGGCUUCUCUGACUGCACAGAUCGCACAAGAUUUCUGUUCGACACCUCUGACAAACGUUUUGCAGUAAAGACAGACGGUGUACUGAUGGUAAAGAGACCAGUGUUUCUUCAUGAAGGACACCAUGACUUCUUCAUCCACUCCUGGGACUCACAAGGCCGCAAACUGACCAUUCCUGUCAGUGUGAGCAUGAAUGCAGCUGAUGCUCAGGUGCCUGUUCUGCAGGUUCCCGAGCCAGGUGAAGGACUGAGGAGGAGGAGGAGAGACUGGGUUAUUCCUCCAUUAAAUGUUCCUGAGAAUCAGAGAGGAAUCUAUCCCUUAAAAGUAGCUCAAAUCAGCCCUACUUGCGAAACAAGGAAGAUCUUUUACAGCAUCACUGGUCCUGGAGCUGAUCUGCCUCCUGUUGGUCGUUUCACCAUGGACAGAGAGACGGGCAAUCUGUAUGUAACACAGCCACUCAACAGAGAGGAAACAGCUCAUUACACGUUUGAAUCACAUGCUCUGGUAGAAGGACAAGGACACGAGGAUUAUCCUAUGGAGAUUAUAGUCAAUGUGAUCGACCAGAACGACAACGAACCUUAUUUUACGGUGGAGUACAACGCAAAUGUUGCUGAGGCCACGGCCAUCGGGACUGAGGUGGUUAGGGUUGAGGCCAAAGACGACGAUGAGCCAGAUAAUCUCAACUCAGAUCUCCGCUAUCGUAUUCUGAACCAGGACCCACCGCUGCCCACUGACAACAUGUUUGAAAUCAACCCAGUUACUGGAAGCAUCAGAGUCACUGGUAGAGGAUUAGACAGAGUGAAAUAUCCACAGUACACUCUGACAGUACAAGCAGCAGAUCUGGCGGGAGAAGGGUUAACUGGACAAACAAAAGUCAUCCUCACGGUGACGGACAGCAAUGACAACACUCCAGUCUUCAUUCAGAGCGUAUAUAAGGCAACAGUUGAUGAAAACAAAAAGGAUGUUGAGAUUGUUAGGAUGAUCGUAACAGAUGAGGAUGAACCACAAACUCCAGCCUGGAACGCAAAGUUCAAGAUCAUCAGUGGUGAUCCUGAUGGACUUUUCACAGUAAAAACGGGAACUAACAAACAGGAAGGAAUCCUUUCUACUGCAAAGGAGCUGGACUUUGAGAGGCCCAGCAAGCUCACGCUGUUGGUUUCAGUGGAGAAUGAGAUUCCUUUUGCUCCUGGUGUUUCUGUGGUCACUUCUACCGCCACAGUGGUGGUGAAUGUGAGAGAUGUGAAUGAAGCUCCAGUGUUUGAUCCAAAGGAGAAGCUUGUGGUAAAACCAGAGGACCUCGCUGUGGAUGAAGUCGUGGUGCAGUACACCGCUUCAGACCCAGACACUGCACGCAAGCAGACAGUCUCGUACAAAAUAUUGACUGACCCUGCAGGCUGGCUGAACGUGGACAGGGACACAGGCCUUAUUAAAGUGAGAACAUUCAUGGACAGAGAGGCUCCCUUCGUCACAAACAACAGAUACACUGCAACCAUUGGUGCAUAUGAUAAUGAUGCAGUCCCAGCUACAGGAACUGGUACCCUGAUCAUUCAGCUGGAAGAUGUCAAUGACAAUGCUCCUAUCGUUGAUCUGCGUUACAUUAAGGUGUGCAACAAGGAUCCAGCUCCUCAGCUGUUGUCAGUAACAGAUGAAGAUGGACCAGAAUUUGGACCUCCCUACUCGGUGUCUUUACAGGGCAUGUCAAAGACCAACUGGACCGCUAGGAUGAAUGACUCCAGAACAGGCAUCAUCUUGAAUUUAGCCACUGAGCUGCCCAGUGGAGAGUACAGUGUUAUACUGAGAGUGGCAGACAAACAUGGCUUGGAGCAGGUCAGCAUCAUCAAAGCUGAAGUGUGUGACUGCAGGGGCGCAGAACCGACAUGCCCGGUGUAGCAUCCAGUCGAACUGAGAAGGCCAGAACUGAUGGUUGUUGAAUGACCUUUAUUAUUCCUUGCCGUGUAUCAGACAACGAACCAACGUAAGAGCUAAACAAACAAAUAAAACAAUUACCAUAUUAUUCAUGUAACACCAUUUCAACCGCUCAUUACGCUGGUCUAACCAUUUUCUAUUAAACUAUUGUAACGUUCUCAAAAA